GUCAAGCUGGUUGUGAAGGUGCUGGAUUUGUUCUCCCCUACGCCCCAAGCCGGACACAGCAUGGCGGCGGGAGUAGCAGCAUGGCUUCCCUUUGCCCGGGCAGCAGCUAUCGGCUGGAUGCCUGUGGCCAAUUUGCCCAUGCCAGUGGCGCCCACUGAGAAGAGCAAGCGGCAGGAUGAGCUAAUCAUUCUUAAUGUCAGUGGACGGCGCUUCCAGACCUGGAGGAACACGCUGGACCGCUAUCCAGACACCUUGCUGGGCAGCUCAGAGAAGGAGUUCUUCUACAACGAGGAGACUAAAGAGUACUUCUUUGACCGGGACCCUGACGUGUUCCGCAGUGUGCUUAACUUCUACCGCACUGGCAAGCUCCACUACCCACGCUAUGAGUGCAUCUCCUCCUAUGAUGAGGAGCUGGCUUUCUUUGGCAUUGUCCCAGAGAUCAUUGGUGACUGCUGCUAUGAAGAGUACAAGGACAGGAAGAGGGAGAACGCAGAGCGGCUGAUGGAUGACCAGGAGGACAACAAGGACGCCAAGCUACCCAACAUGACCUUCAGGGAGACCAUGUGGAGGGCCUUCGAGAACCCCCACACUUCCACCAUGGCCCUUGUCUUCUACUACGUCACCGGCUUCUUCAUUGCCGUCUCUGUCAUCACCAAUGUGGUGGAGACGGUUCCCUGCGGCACGGCGCCCAACCAGAAGGAAGUGCCGUGUGGUGAGCGGUACACCGUGGCCUUUUUCUGCAUGGACACGGCCUGCGUUAUGAUCUUCACCGUGGAGUACCUGAUGCGCUUGUUUGCUGCGCCCAGCCGCUACCGCUUCAUGAGGUCCGUCAUGAGCAUCAUUGAUGUAGUGGCCAUCUUGCCCUACUACAUCGGCCUGGUGAUGACUGACAACGAGGACGUGAGUGGCGCUUUCGUGACACUCCGUGUUUUCCGCGUGUUCCGUAUAUUUAAGUUCUCCCGUCACUCGCAGGGCCUGCGCAUCCUGGGCUACACGCUGAAGAGCUGUGCCUCCGAGCUGGGCUUCCUGCUCUUCUCCCUCACUAUGGCCAUUAUUAUCUUUGCGACCGUUAUGUUCUACGCAGAGAAGGGUUCAAGCUCCAGCAAAUUCACCAGCAUCCCAGCCUCCUUCUGGUACACCAUCGUUACUAUGACAACGCUCGGGUACGGAGACAUGGUUCCUAAGACGAUUGCAGGGAAGAUCUUUGGUUCAAUCUGCUCUCUGAGCGGGGUGCUGGUAAUUGCCCUGCCUGUCCCUGUCAUCGUGUCCAACUUUAGCCGCAUCUAUCACCAGAACCAGAGAGCAGACAAGCGGCGGGCGCAGAAGAAAGCCCGCUUGGCCAGGAUACGAAUAUCCAAGACGGGAAGCUCCAAUGCCUUCCUCCACAGCAAGCGUAACGGCCUGUUCAACGAAGCUCUUGAUUCCACUGAGGAGGAGCAGCGGUUAAGUAAGUCUACUUCACUAUUAGAGAGCCAGCACCAUCACCUGCUGCACUGUCUGGAGAAGACCACUAACCACGAGUUUGUGGAUGAGCAGUAUUACCAGCAGAGCUACCUGGAGGCGGGGCUGCAAAACUACCCCUCCCGAAGCCCCUCCCUCUCCAGCCAAGACGGCGUGACAGGCACAUGCUGCACCCGCCGGAGCAAGAAGCAUCACACCCCUUUACCGAACGCCAGUGCCCCAGCACACAUGCAGCCUUUGACACACACGCACAAACACCAACAAGCUUUGCAGGAGCUCAGCACCAUCCACAUCCAGCCCCUCAGCACCAGCCGCUCCAGUCUGAACAUGCGCGUGGACGAACCAGCAUCCCUGAACUGCCAGAGCAGCCAGAUCACCACAGCAAUCAUCAGCAUUCCCACACCGCCAGUGACGACCCCUGAGGGCGAUGCUCACCUGCCCGCGGCCCCCACCCACCAGAACGUUGUGAAGGUGUCCGCGCUGUGAAGACUAGGGUGCAGACGCGUCACACAGAAAGACAGAUAAAGACUCAUCGAGACGAGACUGAGGGACAGAGGAGGACUGGGAAUGAUGGAGGAGAAAGCAUGCAGAGUCCUAGUCUAGCCGUGGUGGAGCCUGCCCUCUGCUGGUCAUGUACUGUAACGACAUGGACUCCCUGUACAGAUGGAGGAUGGCUUUUAGAUACAGUAAAUUCAUGUUAGUGGUUGGUAUGCAUGUGUGCGCGUAUGCGAGUGUGUGUGUGUGUGCGUGUGUGUGUGGAUGGGUGAAAGAGCGGGAAAUAUGUGUAGGGAGUCAUUUUAGAUGAGGAGGCGAG